GCUUCAUCAGGGAGAAAGAGGGGAAAGGGGGGGAGGCAAGUGUCGAGUAUAAAUAAGAUGGCUCGAUUCCUCGAACCUCGAGAUCCUCCCAGAGUUUGACAGCCAGUCCUCCUCCUCUUCCUCCAGCAAAGUCUACAAGAAGAGAAAAACCCCAAGAGAUGAAGGCUUUCACUCUCGUCGCUCUGGCGACCUCGGUCGCGUCGGUCAGCGGCCACUCCAUCUUCCAGAAGGUGUCGGUCAACGGCGUGGACCAGGGCCAGCUCAAGGGUGUCCGCGCCCCGUACAGCAACUCGCCCAUUACCAACAUCAACGACGCGGCCAUGGCUUGCAACACCAACAUCCAGCUCAAAGACAACACCGUCAUCAAGGUGCCCGCCGGCGCCCGCGUUGGCGCCUGGUGGCAGCACGAGAUUGGCGGGCCCUCGGGCCCCAACGACCCGGACAACCCGAUCGCCGCCUCGCACAAGGGCCCCAUCAGCGUCUACCUCGCCAAGGUCGAUAACGCCGCGACGGCGUCGGCCUCGGGCCUGCGGUGGUUUAAGAUUGCCGAGCGCGGCCUCAACAACGGCGUGUGGGCCGUCGACGAGCUCAUCUCCAACAACGGGUGGCACUACUUCACCAUGCCGUCGUGCGUCGCCCCCGGCCACUACCUGAUGCGGGUCGAGCUGCUGGCGCUGCACAACGCCUACUCGGCCGGCGGCGCCCAGUUCUACAUGGAGUGCGCCCAGAUCGAGGUGACGGGCUCGGGCACCCACACGGGCGCCAACUUUGUCUCGUUCCCGGGCGCCUACCCGGCCAACGACCCGGGCAUCGUCCUCAGCAUCUACGGCACCGGCGGCAAGCCCGACAAUGGCGGCAGGCCCUACCCCAUCCCCGGCCCGGACCCCAUUACUUGCUCCGGCGGCAACAACCCGCCCCCGACGACCACGACGGCGACCUCGGCCCAGAGCACCCCAACCGGCGGCUCCGGCGGCACCGUGCCCCUGUAUGGCCAGUGCGGUGGGAGUGGGUACACGGGCCCGACGACCUGCGCCCAGGGCACCUGCAAGGUCUCGAACCAGUGGUAUAGCCAGUGCCUUCCUUGAGAGAGAGGUUUGAUCUUCCCCAGAAAGACUUCCUCGAAAAAUUGCAGAUUGCAUGGAGGAGGAGGCUUGGUCAGGGGACACAUUCUUUGUAUAUAGUUGAUCUUUUGAUCUUGGCUUCAUGUCUAUACCUAGCUUCUGAAUGCAGUACAUAUGGUGCACAAUACAUGCGCAUACAUUUGGCCGGAU